AUGACAUCCAAAGGGAGGAGAAGCCGCGCCUUGCGCAGGGCCAUGCGCGUUGCAAAGAUGAAGGUGGCACGAUACAGCCCGCGAUGCAUCGGCCGAUUUCUUGAGUCGACACCGACCUUCCUAAACUGGAGGCCACCACCUCGGCUAAGGUUUGGUGUAAGCUUUGGAGCUUCACCGGCGCAAAGCAUGGACAGCAGUCCAGGUGGGCCUUUUGACUGCAGUUCUCCUCCUUCCAGUUCCGUUCCCAUGGGCAGGACCGUUUCCCUGCCGACAGCUCGUGGACAAAGAGCACUUGUCCUGCCUGUCGUAAAUCGCCGUGCAAAAACUUGCAAGGCAUCCGUGUUGUCCAAAAUUGCAGCCUCUGUAACUGCGACUGGUCCACAUGCAUCUGAACAGCAGCCCCCUGCAUCAACUUCCUCUUCGGAGGUCAGUCUUCAGCUUGGAGAGAUCUUUGAUGCAUGCGCUCCGCCGGGGAGGGUUCUGUGUCCUGGUUCUUUCGAACGUGUGGUUGAUCUCCUGAAUGAGAGGUUCGGCGUCAGCUUUCAAUCUCACGAUGUGAGAGGGCUCCAGAGCAUGCUAUGCGUGAGCGGACAGGAUGCAGUUGGCCGUGAGGCUUUCGUGCGCCACGUGGGCACCCUCUUGGCCGCCUUGUCGGCUUCCAAGGGCCUCUCCUUGGCACAGCUCAAGGUCCUCCUGGCAACGGCCUUUGAGCGCUUUGAUACGGACUCCAACGGAAGCAUCACCGAAGUCGAGUUUGCAGCGGCGCUGGCCAGCUGCGACAUCCACCUGCCCAGCAGCCAGGUAGCCGCGCUGCUGAAGUUUCUGUCGCCAAAUUGCAGAGACGAUGCGGUCGCCGUUUCCCGAGCGGACCUGGCAGCAAGGAAUUCUCCGCCGAGCUUGGAGGAGCAAGUUCAAGCAGCUUUUCAGGGCGCAAGCACAAGCUUGGCCGAAACCACCGGAUGGAAGAGCGCCGUAAAGAUGGCGGGGAGGGUCCUGGCUGUUCUCGAAGAGCCGGGGAGUCCCAAAAGCCAUCUCUACGGUGUGAUCGCAGCCAUCGUCGGGAGGGACGUUUCAAGCGAGAUGCUGGCAGACACAAGUGAGCUGCUACUCACCUUAGCAAGCGUGGUGCUCGUGCUUCAGGGCCAUGCGCACGGAUCGCCCAUGUUGCCCGCCGAGUGGAUGGAUCAGCUCAGAAGCGUGGCAGACGACCUCGCUGCCUCGUUCCAGGACCUCGUUGACUCUGGCCCCAUGGGCCCUCUUUUGCUUUCAGGAGUCCUUGGAGCCUUCAAAGCACUACGAACCCAUGAGCCGGUGUCCUUCAGUGAGAAGGAGGCCCUGCUCUUUGCGCGCACCUUCCACGCAAAGGGCUGCCCUGUGCCUCUCUUUCAGAAGCUGCUGGCUUGUGGACACUGCCAGUGGACCUCUGCCUCAGAAGGGGAUCUCUUGCAAGACUCGGCUUGUGGGCAGGUUCACAUUCUCGUGCGUGGGCAGGUCCACAGGCGCAGUAUGGAUCAGCACGUGGUUGUACAACCCGGUGAGGUCAUCAGAGGAUGCAGAGAUGGAGAAGCGGUGAUUGCUUCCAGCAAUGCAGUUUUUGCUACCCUGGAUGCUGAAAGGCUAAGCCAGUGCGUUCAGAACUCGCCCGACACCCUCCUUGUCAAGUUGGUCAAGGAGAUCUUGCGUGACGCAGGAAUCGGACAAGCGGCGGGCUCUGAAGUGGACUGGCCACCCUUGGAUGUAGCUACAAGUCCUGCAAGCUCAAGCUCCGCCUCUGGAUGGCUCUCUCCAUUCGCGGCUGCUCUCCAGGUUCAGGCCAAGCGCAAGGGCCUGUCGGUCUGCACGGAAGUCACCGAUGGCUUGCAGCACAUCUUGUCGCAGGAGGACAUGCCCUGGCCCGCGAAGUUCGAGAGAUGCCGCGCGCUGGUGUUGGACAACGCGGAUGUCUUUGUUGAGAGCCUCGAGGCGCUGGUCGACAUCACCGGAGCUUGCUCGGCGCUGCUUGCCUUUUGGACCCAAUCUUCAGCCCCGACACCAGAGAACGUGCUCCAGCUGGCUCCAAUCAUGAUUCUCCUAAGCCUGGUCGCCGUACAUGCCGAGCGUCGCGGGGCGGCUCAUGCUGUCAGCCCCAUGGGUGUAUCAAGCCCAUAG